CGUCGACGUAUAGCAGCUUGAAGCAGACUUGAGCAUUUCCCCCUUUCUUCUGCGGAUAAACUUUGCGGAGUUAAUGCAUAAAAGUUGGGAGUUUUUUCCUGGAGGAAACUGGACUGUUUACGCUUUGUAAUGCACCGACUUUGCUGAGUUUUUUAUACAAUAUUUGUGCAAAAUGAUGAUGAAGUGCUGAAGCGUUAGCAUGUUAGCAUUUCCCAGCUAGCCAUAAAUGCACUGCAGUAUUUCUUUUAAGUGUGCGUGGAGUAAGGUGUUUACGAUCUGAUACUUAUUCGACUGUACACAUUUUUGAGCUUACCGCGUUGCCCUACACGGUGUUGGAGCCACAGGCGUGGCCUUUGUGUGCAGGGGUCGUUUUUCCUCGUUGAGAUAAUGUGAAAGCAGCAUGGACCGAGACUUGUUGAGGCAGUCUUUGACUUUUCACGGUCAGUCACUGUUCAACAAACUGAAAUGUGAACAAACCGAGAACCCAGACUUCCAGGCGGUGGUGUCUGACCUGUGCAAAGCCACCUAUGACAGGGCUGAAAGGGAGAGCAACCCACUUGUGGAGCAGUUCAUUGCCAGGAAAGCAGACAUCUUGUUCUGUCCAGUAUGGAAGACCGCCACUGUUCAAGGAGAGUACCACGAGGCGGAGGAGGAAGCUGCAGAGCCGUUUGCCGUCAUGCCUCCACUGGAGUUAUUCAUGGAGGUGUCGUACAAGGAGAGGAGAUCCAUGAUGUACAGGGACCUGGAGAGAGGAGACAUUGUCAUCGGGAGGAUCAACAACAUCAGAGGAUACGGCUUCUUUCUAACCCUGCUUUGCAUGGCAGGAGGUCUGAAGAGAGACAUAGAGGACCUGGAGUUGUCGGCUCUGUGCCACAUAAAAGAAAUCCCCUCUUCUGGCAGCCAUGACGACCCCCUGUCCUACUACCAGAUCGGCGACCUCAUCAGAGCCGGAGUGAAAGACAUCGACCGCUACCAGGAGAAAAUCACCGUGUCUCUCCAUCAGGCCUCUCUGUCACCCAGCCUGAGCCACAUCAAACUGGGUGUUAUCACCCGCGAGGAGCUCCCCGUUCACUACAGUCGAAGCCUCCGUGCAGCAAGCGACUCCACUGAGACAUAUGAACGUAUCCUGGGAGGGUGCCACGGCUAUCACAACCCGUCUGUGGUGGAUUACCUGCUGGAUAAGGUGGGGGUGAAGGACACCCAUCCGCCCUCCAUGAUGCGAGGCCUGCAGAGUAAACUUUUCCAAGAGGAGGAUUUUGCCGCUGCAAUCAGGAAGAAGCAGUCUGCAUCGUGGGCACUGAAGUGCGUGCGAGCAGGCGUAGACCACUUCAAACACGGCCGCCAUGUGGAAGCCAUGGUGGAAUACAACAAAGCUUUGGAAAUCGACACCAACAAUGUGGAAGCGCUGGUGGCUCGUGGAGCACUGUACGCUAACAAAGGCAGCAUCAUGAAGGCGAUAUCCGACUUCGAACUGGCUCUGGAGAACUGUCCCGACCACCGUAAUGCCAAGAAGUACCUGUGCCAGACGCUGGUGGAGAGAGGGAAACAGUUAGAGGAACAAAAGAAACUUGUGACAGCGGAGGGAUUGUACCGGAGAGCUCUGUCUCUAGACGAGUCAAACCCCGAGGCCCAGGACGCCCUCACUGAGAUCACUAACACUAUCCAGAAAUCGAUUCGCCUGCGAGAAGAAGCGCUGGCGAAGGAGCAGGUGAAGGCUACCAGCAGUCAGACCAGUGCUGAUAAAUUACGUAAGAUCCUAAAAGAGGAGAAGAAGAUGAAGAAAAAACGUAAACGAUCAUCCUCUACCUCUUCGUCAGACUCCGCCUCCUCCAGGCUGUCCUCCUCCUCCGCAUCUUCGUCUUCUCGCAGGAGGUCUAGAAAGAAAAAAAAGAAGCGGAGGAGGUCUGAGCGCGGAAGCAAGCGCCAUCGCAGGAUCUCCUCCAGGGAGAGCAGGAGGAGCUCAGAGAGUAGGAGCGAGAGAGGCAGGAAGGAGAGGGAGGAGGAGGCAGAGGAGGAGGAGCUGGAGUGGUUUCCUGCUCCGUCCAACACCUCCGCCACUUUCCUCAACCAGAAGGGAGACCUGGCCUUCGGAGCGAGGGAUGAGGACGAGGAUGAGAAGGACGCAGAUGACAGAAAGAUUAGCCAGCUGUACUCCCUGUCAGCAGCUUCAGAGGAGGAGUCGGACUCCUCGCCGAGAGAGGGCAAGAAGAGGGACGGGAAGGAGGGCAGGGUGAGGAGAAACAGCUCCGUCAGAAGCCCAGAGAGGAGGAGCAGGAGCAGGGAAAGAACGAAGGAGGAUACCUGGAGGGAAAAGAGAGACGGUGAAUCCAAGAGGAGGAUUAGCUCAGAUGAGAAUCAAACGCAAAAGUCUUUGUGUUCAUCAGCUGAGGUGGAGUUUUCCCACAAGUCGAGUUUUCCAAGUGCUGCCUCCAAAAAUCUGGGAAGCAGGAUGAGGCCGGACGAUGGUAGGUAUGAGAACAGGGGGAGGGACAGCCUGCGUCUGGAGGAGGUGAAGAGAGAGGAGGGGAGUGCAGGGAGAGCGGAGGCGGGCCGGAGCGCCGACAGCGAGCCGGGGCCGCGGCCCAAGAAGGAGCUGCCCGCUCAUCUGCUGAACAUUUUUAACCAGAUCGCCCAGUUCGAAAAGGAGAAAGGGGUGAAGCCAAAAAAGUAACUCCUGGCCUGUGGUUAUCCUCAGUAGCCCCAAACUGGUCCCUGUGCUGUGCGUCAGAACGAUUCUCCUUUGUUGUCGAUCGAAUGUUUCUUGUUCUACUGAGUCAACCUCAGCUUCUGAAAAUUAGCAUUUUCCCUGAAAUGGUCUUAUUCUCUGCUGGAGAUUGGAAGCUUGUGAGCAGCUGCUAUGUUUUCUGGGUUCAAGCUUUUUAGGAAUUGAAUGAAAUGAACAUCUGAGUUGAAACUAUGAUUCUUCUAAACAGUGUUACAGUGACGGCGCUAUAUAAUACAUAUUCUGUUCCUGGGUGGAAAGUACAUUUUCGUCACUUCCAGACCUGGAUGCUGCAGCUUUCGGUACACCGAUUAGGCGGAUUAAGUAAAUGAAUGACAGAAAUUGAGUUUUAUCUCUAAAGGCAUUGUGCAACAAAAGUUUAUGCUUUAGGGCUGACACUUUCAAUUUGUUAGGUGGUUUGAUUCAACUCGGCACAACUUACUUCACGAUUGGAUUUUGGGGGGCUGUAAUGUACAUAGAUCACACUUUAAGUAAUGCUGGGGAACAAUUUGGAGCCAAUGAGCAGCAGGUCUUUAGGAAGGUCAGAAGUUAUGUUAUCUCUCUUGUAUUCGGGGAAUGACUGGCUGCCUUACGUUGUUCACUGCUGUGUGCCAUGUUAUAUGUUGUUGUGGCUUGUUGAACCUCUGACAACCCGACUGUUGUGCUACGGUGCUUUAAUUUUUUUUUCUCUCUUUUUCUGGCUUUAUACAGCACAGAUAUUCUCGCUGUUUUUCAACACAUUGUUGUCCUGUAGUGAAACUGGAAUGAAUCAUUAAAAAAAUACAACUGUC